CUACAACUAUAGGACUAUAACUCCCAGGAGACACUGCGGACACAUCCUCCGCGCAUGCUCAACUUCGGUGAUUGCAUAGGAUAGAAAGCUCGAGGGGCGGAGCUUUGGUAUGGACCGCGAAUCGGGGCGUGGCCUGGGGCGUGGCUAGAGGGGGCGGCGCUGUCGGCGCGGCCCGGAACACGCUAGUGGAGCGGAAGAUGGCGGCGGCAGCGGCGGCUGCAGCCGGGACCUCAGUUGGGCUGAGGCGGAGGACCCGCCGGCUCUGACCUCGCUCUGGCUCCGGUGCGCGCGGCUGAGCGUGUGCGAGGCCCCGCGCGUCGGGCAGGGGCGGCGGCGGCUACUGCGCGCCGCCCUGAGGAGCGUCCCGGCGGCGGCGCGGCUGCGGCUGAGGAGAGAGCCGGCUCCGGGCCUCCGCGACCUACUGCUCCCCCGACCCCCCGCCUCCUCGGGGGGGCGGCGGCGGCGAUGUUCUCGGUCCUCUCAUACGGGCGGCUUGUGGCCCGCGCCGUGCUCGGCGGCCUUUCGCAGACCGACCCCAGAGCCGGCGGCGGCGGUGGCGGUGGUGGCGGUGGCGAUUACGGGCUGGUGACGGCCGGCUGCGGCUUCGGCAAGGACUUCCGUAAGGGCCUUCUCAAGAAGGGCGCGUGCUACGGGGACGACGCGUGCUUCGUGGCCCGGCACCGCUCCGCUGAUGUGCUCGGGGUUGCAGAUGGUGUAGGAGGAUGGAGAGACUAUGGAGUUGAUCCAUCUCAGUUCUCAGGGACUUUAAUGCGAACAUGUGAACGUUUAGUAAAAGAAGGACGGUUCGUACCAAGUAAUCCCAUUGGAAUUCUUACCACAAGCUACUGUGAGUUGCUGCAAAAUAAAGUACCUUUGCUUGGUAGCAGUACUGCCUGCAUCGUGGUGCUGGACAGAACUAGCCACCGCUUACACACAGCAAACCUGGGCGAUUCAGGCUUUCUGGUUGUUAGGGGUGGCGAAGUUGUACACCGAUCAGAUGAGCAGCAGCAUUACUUCAACACUCCAUUCCAGCUCUCGAUCGCUCCCCCAGAGGCCGAGGGAGUUGUCUUGAGUGACAGCCCAGAUGCUGCUGAUAGCACAUCUUUUGAUGUCCAGUUAGGAGACAUUAUCCUGACGGCAACAGAUGGACUCUUUGACAACAUGCCUGAUUAUAUGAUCCUUCAAGAGCUAAAAAAGUUAAAGAAUUCAAAUUUUGAGAGUAUACAACAGACUGCAAGAAGCAUUGCUGAGCAAGCUCAUGAGCUGGCCUAUGACCCAAAUUAUAUGUCACCUUUUGCACAGUUUGCAUGUGACAAUGGAUUGAAUGUGAGAGGUGGAAAGCCAGAUGACAUUACCGUCCUUCUUUCAAUAGUGGCUGAAUAUACAGACUGACUCACCAAGCUGUCAACUACUGCCUUUACUUUCAUCAUCCUAAAUUUCCCCUGCCACAUGUGCUGAUCCUGCUGGCAGGACCACGUUUCUUUGCCACUGAUCUCAAUGGCCAGUGAUGUAAGCCUUUUGCUUGUCUUUUUGAGACCCAUUGAGAUCUUUGUUGAAAACCACUACUGUCAUUCACUAGCUCAUAUCUGCCGGCAGCAAUUGAAGAGAAUCAAGAUUUGAAGACUGGCCUUCAUUUCUCAUUGUCCUUUCCAUGAUGGGGAUGGAGGUGUUCAAAGGCACCAUGGCUAUUUAUUACUUUUCAGAAGUAGUUGAAGCAUUGAAAAUUAGUAAUGCUGAUAAAGUGAAUUCAAAACUACAGUGUGCUAAAGGGAUUUUAAAAGUCUAACAAAUCGUACAUAAUUAUACAUCUACUAGAAGCAUAUGUUAUUCAUCAGAAGAAAUGUUACACGUGUUACUCCACAGGCAUAGUCUUUGUUAUGAUGAUUGGGUGUGGCUUUAUAUUUUCAUUAUAAACUCCUGUUUUUCAGGGGCUUAUAAUUCUGCUCUAAAAUACUUCUCUGGGCUAUAAAAUUUUGAUCCCAGGAGCUUUUUUGUUACAGAUUAGGAGAAAAAUUCAUUUGAGUUCUAUGGAUGAAAAUAUUUCGUGCUUUUUUAAAAAAGUGCUUAAUGUUCCUAUGAAUAAAAUUUUGGCAGUUUGUCAGUUAGUCUAAAUCACAGGUUAUGGCCUGUCCUCCAGGAGGGGUGGGGGAAACUCUUGACCAAUAUUUUUUAUUGGAAAUAUUACUUAAGAUUAUAAAACUCCUCAAAGCCUAGAAAUGUUAUGGCUAAAAUUCUUCCUUGCUGUCUGUUAGGAUGCCAUUGUAUGGGAACACUAGGCCCACUGCUUGAGAACAGACAGCUGUAACUUUGAAUUUUGUUGGCUUUUAAUGGUCAUGCUACCUACCCACAGUCUUGUUCUCAAACCUUUUAUUAGUAGCCUUGCUUUCUAUAGAGCAUGCACCAAAUCCCACGAGUCCAUGUAGGAAAAGCACUGUGUGCACUGGCAACAGCACAGAAGUCCAUGUGCAAGACUCCUAGUGAUGAUCUGACAUUUGCAAUUGCCCCAAACAGAAAUUUAGGGGGUUCUGAAUCAAGCUUAAUGUUUACAGUAUCCAAAUAGCCAUUUUGCAGUGUAUAGUUUUCUUAUAAAACUACCCCGCAUUCGGUUUUCCCAUUAUCUGCAAGCUCAAACGUAUUUUUAAGGUUUGUGUACAAGUUGACUGCUGUAAAGAUAUAUAUUUUUGGGUCAGUUUUUUUCCUUCAUUAACUUGGUAGUAGAAAAAUAUAUAUACUUAGAAAUCCUUAAAUUAAAGCCAUGUUUUAUAUAUAAGUCAGGUAACAUUGGUGUAUAGAUGAGAAUGCAAUUAAACCUGAUAAGAAUCUACUUGAGGAGAAUAUAGAAAGUUUUUUUCUCUAAAGGAGAUACUGACUCCCUGGUUUAUUGCAUUAAAACUUAUGUUUGAGGUUACCUCAACUUGUUUUAAAAAGAUUUUGUUUUGUGAAUUUGUACUGUAUAUUUGAGUAACUGUCAAGCUUUUGUUUUAUUUAAAAUUGUUUAACAUGUACCAUGUACAUGUCAUUACUAUAUUUCAAUGCAUCAUGCUUGUAACAGGCAUUUCAUUUAUAAUAAGAAUGAGUUAUUCAUUUGUAAGCCGUUCAGUAAUUUAUCUACUAUUCCUAAAUUGGCAUAAUGUUAGAUAUCUAUUUUGAAUCACCUUUAAUUACAUGUCAGAAUGCCUUAACUACCCUAACUUGACAAAACAGAAUUCUUUGGUAGAGGAGAUGGGGGGGGUGGGAGAGGGGAUAUGGAGGGAGACUAUAUUUAAUAAGGAGAAAUCAUCAUGCUAUGAUAAAACAUGGAAGCAUGAGUGGCAAGUGGCGGGGUAUUUAUUUUGCACAAUUUGCGGUCUCUGUGUAUUUAAAAAGUAAAGAAAGUUGCAUCCAGAGGGUUUUAUUGGAAGGAAUACAUUUAUAUUAGGACUGACAACUUCCGCUCAUUUGAGUUUUUAUAACAGUUGAUUUUGAUCAGAGGUUUGUAGCCUUACUUGUGAUCUGGAUAUAUUUUGCAUUCAUUAUUUGAUGCCUACAUUUAAUUCCUGGCAAAAGCAGAGCUGGUCAAGUUACUGAUGUCUGUCUGCUCUCAUUUAACCCAUCAAACACAAUCUUUGUAAGCUGGUGGUGUUUUACAUAACUCUUUUAAUCAACUUUUUGAGAAAUGAUUGUUAGAAAUCAACAUUGUGUUCCAGUGACACUGAAAAUAGUGGGACAAGAAUUGAGUUUCACAGUGGAAUUAACUUUAGACCUGAUUUAUAGAUUAGUGACAUAAACAUAUUUUCUCUUAUUUUCUUUUUCCCCCUGUCCUUUUUGUGUUGUUCACUUAAUUUGAUGACGGCCAGGUGUCAGCUGGAGCGCUCCUUAACAAGUAACUCCUCCUACUCUCAGUGGUCAGAGGCUGUAUUGGACCCAUAGUAGAAUUUUCCAGAUUACAGACCCAAGUUUCCAUGGGGUGUGACUCAGAUAUACCACUUGGUAGGUCUGAUUCUGAACCCAGUGUGUGUUAAUUGUAUCUUAAAUCAAGCAGUAUGCAUGUGCACACAUAUACACACGCGAAUAAACACGAGAGCGCAUACACACAUCCUUGCCUCAUGUAAUGGACUUUUAUAACAGAAGAGAAAAUUUGGAUUUCUAAAUUACAAAUGGCAAAUUAUUUAUCCCUCUCUGGAUGCACCAAAGACCAGUAAAGUUUAUAGCUUUUCCAUCUAUAUUUAUAAAGCAAUACUGUAUUAUAAAAAUCAAUAUUUUUAUCACAUGCUUGAAGUUUUUAUUUUGUUCAGUUUUAAAAUGUGCACUCUAAACAUAUCAGAACCUUAUUUCUUCCUAUGAACUUAAGCUGCCUGCGCACAAAAAAAAAAAAUUCUUACCAAAUGGAGAUACAGUAGAGACCAUAGGCUCUUAAAAACUGGAAGAAGAAAUGAGGGGGGAGAAAACAAGUUGUUUGUCCUGAAUUACUGUACUCGCUUGACAUGGUUGAUGGGUACUAAAUCACAAAAGAAUCCAUUCCAGGUGUAAAUGUCUGGGGGUUGGGCUGUGUCUAGAUUAGAUACUCGAUUUCAAGCUUUGCAUGAUGGGAGAUCUUCCUCUCCUAUCAGCUGCUUUUAUUCUGGUUAGUACAAUAGCCUGAAGAUGGAAACUACUUAGUACCACCAGCCCAUUAUAUUUAUUAACAAGGCAGGAAUCGGAAUUUACUGAAUCAGCUUUGAGUGUUUGGGAAUUGUAAACAAGAUUGACUAUAACUGUAAACGUUUGUACUUUUGGAUAAGUUCAUGGUUCCUCGUCACCUUAUACUGGCUAUCUUUGUUAGAAGCUACAGCAUUCAAUUUCUCUGGAAACUAUCACAUUUUUUGCAUUUAACCAGUUUUACAAUAUCAACCAAAAUCUGCUCAUAAAACAAAAUACGAAGCAGAAAAUAUUUGGAUUCUAUUUGUUUAAAAAAUUAAUUUCUUUUCAAAAUUGAACUCAAGUAAAAAGUAUCCGUAUCAAAUAUCUUGACUGUUAGCAGGUAGUUUGUAGCAAAGAUGGCUAAAUAAUGAAGCAAAUUUAAAUCUGUGUAUACUAAUGAGCUGCUUUUUUCUGUUGAGACUAUCAUUAUUUGUCUUACCCAAGACGCAAUUACCUGAAUUGGAUGUCUGAAAUAUAAACUUAUGCAGGAAUAGUUGUGUAAAUACAUUUAAAUAAACUGUAAAGAUAUUUAAUAAAUAUAGUAUUUAUACUAA